GGGGCGUCGGUGCAAUGCAUGUGUGAGUGGAAGUGCGCAUGACCCGUUCAGGAGCCAAAUAAUGAUAUGAAUAUAUGCGCGCCGGGAGUAACGUUACAUAGGUUAUUUGGAGUUUGGUUUGUACGUGUUUAAGUGAAUAAAAUGGUUGAAGACAACCUCACCGUGGUCCUGCAUUCUAAAGGAAAUCUCAGAUUGGAACAGCGUCCCAUUCCGGAACCAGGACCAAAUGAGGUGUUACUUAAGAUGCACUCUGUGGGCAUUUGUGGAUCAGACGUGCACUAUUGGCAGAACGGCCGCAUCGGGGACUAUGUGGUGAAACAGCCCAUGAUACUCGGACAUGAAGCCUCUGGUCGUGUGGUCAAAGUGGGCUCUGCUGUGACGCACCUCAAAGCAGGGGACAGAGUUGCCAUUGAGCCUGGAGUUCCUCGUGAAGUAGAUGAGUUCUUUAAAUCAGGACACUACAAUCUGUCUCCCAGCAUAUUCUUUUGUGCCACUCCUCCAGAUGAUGGAAACCUAUGCAGAUACUACAAACACAAUGCUAACUUUUGCUACAAGCUGCCCGAUAAUGUGACUUAUGAGGAGGGAGCCCUGAUCGAGCCCCUGUCGGUGGGCAUUCAUGCCUGCAGGAGGGCAGGAGUCACUCUUGGAAACUCAGUGUUUGUCUGCGGUGCAGGACCAAUUGGACUGGUGUCUUUGUUGGCGGCCAAAGCCAUGGGUGCUUCACAAGUAAUAAUAAGUGACCUGUCCUCUGAUCGGCUUGCCAAGGCUAAAGAGAUCGGGGCAGACUUCCUGCUUCAUGUGAAGAAAGAGGACGAACCAAAGGACAUGGCCAAGAAAGUGGAGGGAAUGCUGGGUUGCAUGCCUCAAAUCAGCAUUGAAUGCACUGGAGUGCAGAGCAGCAUUCAAACAGCCAUCUAUGCAACUCGUUCUGGAGGAGUGCUGGUGCUGGUUGGGCUUGGUACCGAGAUGACCACUGUACCUCUUCUCAAUGCAGCUGUCAGAGAAGUUGACAUCAGAGGUGUAUUCCGCUACUGUAAUACCUGGCCGGUGGCCAUUUCUAUGUUGGCGUCUAAGAAGGUGAACGUCAAGCCCCUGGUCACCCACCGUUUCCCACUGGAGCAGGCUAUGCAGGCCUUUGAAACCACCCGUCAGGGGCUGGGGGUUAAAGUCAUGUUAAAAUGUGACAAGAAUGACCAGAACCCAUGAGAUGAACUCUUGGACCUAUGCCUGAUUGAUUAUUGCCUAGCUACAGUCACUUGAAUAAAUUUGUUUAAUCCAGCUAAUUUUGUGAGUAACCUCACCGUCUUGUCUCAGGUACAGCAGUCAGAGGAAUUCAGUUUUUUUUCUUCACAGUGUACACAAUUAUUUACAAUUUCAGUUGUAUUAUAACUUUAUGAAUAGGUAGCAUUUUACAUUAGUAAAGUGUUUAUAAAUAAACCUUUUGUUAUUAUAUAAUAAUGAAAAGUAUUAAAAUUGAAUUUUAUGUAACAUUGUCAGAGUGCAGUUUUUAAUAUAAUGCUAUAAUAAUAGCUGGUUAUUUUCAUAGUUUACUUAACUUAAAUCUUGUUUACAAACAAUGAAGCUUUACCUAAAAUUUAUGAUACAAGGAUACUUGAGUUUGUCUAUGUGGUUUCGUGAAAUUGAUUUGGGUUAUAAGUAGAACGUGGAAGCAGUUGUACAAGUAGUCCGUUAUAAUCUUUUUAAAUAAAUAAAAAUGUCACAUGCAC